UCUCCGAGUCCGUUCCCACCAGCAGCUGCAUAGACUGAACUGAGCUGAGCUGAGGACUGAAGCAGAGACUGAGCAUCAAUGGCGGCAAUCUCCCUCAGCUCCUCGUCCACGAAUCCCAAGAAGGCCACGAACUACGGCGUCUACUCUCCGUGUGCUCGUCCCUUUCGUUUGGCCCUGAGGUCGAGCCUUUUCGGGUCGACGUUCCCGGGCACGUUGUCCGCCGAGAAGCCCCGGGUGUCCGGACCCAGACCCUUGUCCUCAACCCGGUUGAACGCAGUCUCGGCUUCUCAUCACUCCUUCGAUGUGGUGGUCGUCGGGGCCGGCAUCAUCGGGCUCAGCAUCGCCCGGCAGUUGCUGCUCGAGUCGGACCUGUCCGUCGCGGUGAUCGACAGGGCCGUCCCCUGUUCUGGAGCCACCGGUGCAGGACAGGGCUAUAUAUGGAUGUCACAUAAGACCCCGGGCUCGGAUAUCUGGGAGCUCGCAGUAAGGAGUCAAAAACUUUGGGAAACGUUGGCUAACAGUAUAGAAGAUCAAGGCUUGGACCCCCUAGACGUAUUGGGUUGGAUGAGGACAGGAAGCCUGGUAGUUGGUGGAACACGUGAAGAUACAGUCAAGUUAAAAGAGAGAGUGAAGCAACUUUCUGAAGCAGGGGUAAGAGCAGAAUUCUUGUCCAGCAGAGAGUUGCGACAAGUGGAACCGGCGCUUCUUGUUCAAGAGGAAAGAGGUGCAGCUUUAGUUCCUGGUGAUUCGCAGUUGGAUGCUCAACGGACUGUUGCUUUCAUCGAAAAGGGUAACAGAAAAUUCCAAUCCCAAGGCAGGUAUGCAGAGUUUUAUCAUGAUCCAGUGGUAUCAUUGUUAAGAACUGGAGACAAAGGUGAAGUGAAAGCUGUUCAAACUUCUAAGAAUACCUUGUAUAGUAAGAAGGCAGUUGUUGUUGCAACGGGUUGCUGGAGUGGGUCUCUGAUGCAUAACCUGUUUCCGGAAUCAGACAUUUCAGUGGACAUCCCUGUGAAGCCUCGAAAGGGACACCUGCUUGUGCUGGAAAACUUUGACUCAGUUCAAGUAAAUCACGGCCUAAUGGAGUUUGGUUACAUGAAUCAUCAAAGUCUAUUGUCGGGUCCCACUUCAGCUGUUACCGAUGAGCAAAAAUUAUCUGUUUCUAUGACUGCUAUAAUGGACGCAACUGGGAAUCUAGUUCUGGGGAGCAGUCGUCAAUUUGUUGGUUUUAACACUGAAGUCGAUGAGACUAUCAUUGAUUGCAUCUGGAAGCGAGCUGGAGAGUUCUUCCCAAAAUUGAGAGAAAUAAGCUUGUCCGAAAUUCGUGAGUGCAGAAAAGUGAGAGUGGGGUUGCGCCCUUACAUGCCCGAUGGGAGGCCAGUGAUUGGGCAGGUGCCCUGUUCAAAUGUUUUUGUGGCUGCUGGGCACGAAGGAAGUGGACUCUCUUUGGCCCUGGGGACUGCUGAGAUGGUUGCUGAUAUGGUCCUAGGGAACCCUUUAAAAGUCGAUUCUGCACCUUUUGCUGUUAAAGGUCGAUCUUGCUGAUCAGUUGAGAGAAGAAAGGAUAUUGACGUACAAGUCCUUGAACAUCUAUGUUCUUAGUUGCUUGAGGCCCAUGAAACGUCCGGCAAUCUUUUGUUGCCUUUUGAUAAUGAGUUGGAAAAAGAAUUGGUUAUAUUGUCGGGCAAGGUUUUUCUAUCAUUGUAAUAAUGCUUGUUCAAUAAGGCGAAAAUACCCUGUAAGAUAAGCAUUUGGUAUUGCUGCUAUCUCAUCAAAUAGAUAUGCUGUUUGGUAUCC